AUGACCGUCUGGUCGCGCCUAAAGUUCUCUGACAACGUGGACAAUGCUCUGAGUAGCGGAAAGCUGGGGAUGUUUUCCAAGUAUAUCGCUAAGUAUUAUCCGAACAAUGUGAAGUCUGUGCUAGAGAGAUUCACAGUGAAAUACGGAGAAGACGCAGUUGCAAAGGCACUAGUAACAGCCACGAACAAAGGGACGAUGAAGGAUUUCGCGUCGAAGUUGCAGACACAGCAGCUAGAAGGCUGCCGAAAGGUGAUCGUCCUGAGCAAGUACGUCAAUCUAUUCAACGGCAAGAACCCGCAAGAUAAAACGCAAUUGUUCAGCGUGAUGAAGAACGGAUUCGGUGGCGAUGGUGGCCUAGCACGUAUGGUCACUGCGGCACGGAGAGUCGGAGAUCCAGAGAUAGAACUGACCGCCAAGCAAUAUCAGAAGGGGCUGUUUAAGCAAUGGUUUGCAGGCGACAUCAAACCGGAGAACGUGUACGCGAAGUUUCUCAACGGAAAGGAGGGCCAUAUGGAAAAGGCGAUUGUAGCCCAAUACAAAGCACACUACGACAAGCAAAUGAAUCCCCAAGUAUACACCUUCAAUGAUCCCAGGCGUUCUUAG